AGUGAAUAUUUAACGAAAAAUCUCAUUGGACAAGAUCAAGGACUCGAACAAUUUAAAGAUGCUAUGAACAAACAUAAGAAUUUUACUAUUGUUAUUAUCGAAGGUCCAAUUGGUACUGGAAAAUCUUAUUUAGCUUCAUCACUUGAAAAAUUUUUACCAACAACUCUCAUAUCUACAAAUACACUUCUCGGUUUAUCAUCACAUCAUUGGAUUGAAUCUCAUCGUCUUUCAUCAUAUUUAUUAUCAUAUUUAUCUCCGUCAUUAUUUCAAUUUUUAAUUAUUGAUGAUUUAGAUUUAUUACCAGCGAAUGAAACAUAUUGUCAAACAUUGACUAAAGCUUUAUAUUCAAUUAAUAAUAAUAAAAAUGUAUUUAUUAUUCUUUUACAAACAGGUCCAAUGUCGAAUAUAUGUAAAGAAAAUUUAGAAAAUAUAAUUACAAAAUCUAUUCAAUUUAAUAUGUUACAACGUGAUCAUAUUCGAACAUGUAUUCAAAAUGAAGCUUAUAUACAAAAUGUUCAACCAUCAUUUGAUAAUCAACAAAUUGAAAAUAUUCUUAAUUCUCUUCAAUAUAUUAAUGAACAAGGAAUAUUAUAUAGUACAACUGGUUGUAAACAAAUACCAUCACUUGUUAUGUUAGAAUCAAAAAAAUAUCGCGUCGAUAAUUAG